GCUUAAUCCACGGCUGCGGGCAUUGUGAGCAGAGAAUGCGCAGGGUUCUUCAGGGAAACCAUGCUUCAGAUACUCUGGGGUCAGCUGGACAAACGUUUGAACCAGGUUCUAGAACUUCCAGGCUGUGCCCUCUCUGGUCCUUGAAUUGUGAGUAGAGCAAAACAAAGAGGUGACCCUUCCUUAGAAGAUGAUUUCCUUUAAGCACCCAUGAAGGGCUCAUCUCUGUGCUUCGGCGCAUUCCUGGGUUCCUUACUGGGGACUUCCAUGUCUUUCACUCCAGAGCGGACAACAGAUGGCAAGGUUUCAUUCAAUCAACUCUUCCAGGAGAAGCUGAUCUCAGAGGAGGAAGGAGGAGUCUCUGGGACAGAAGCCAUGUUGCUGCGCUCUGUGGCCCUCACCCUCACCUUGCUGAUGGUUUCCGGCAUGGAGUCUGAUGUGAAGGAUGUCUGUAUUGGCAGCCCCGGCAUCCCGGGCACUCCUGGAUCCCAUGGCUUGCCGGGCAGAGAUGGGAGAGAUGGUGUCAAAGGAGACCCUGGGCCUCCAGGCCCCAUGGGUCCCCCUGGAGGAAUGCCAGGCUGUCCUGGGCCUGAGGGGACGACUGGAGCCCCCGGCAUUGCUGGAGAGCGUGGAGAAAAGGGGGAGCCUGGUGAGAGGGGCCCUCCAGGGCUUCCAGCUUCUUUAGAUGAGGAGCUCCAAACCACACUCUACAACUUCAGACAUCAAAUCCUGCAGGUCAUGGGAGUCCUCAGCAUGCAGGAGUCCAUGCUGGUAGUGGGAGAGAAGGUCUUCUCCACCAAUGGGCAGUCGGUUAAUUUUGAGAACAUUCAAGAGUUAUGUGCCAGAGCAGGGGGCAGCAUCGCUGUCCCGACCAGCCCGGAAGAGAAUGAAGCCAUUGCAAGCAUCGUGAAGAAGUAUAACACUUAUGCCUACCUGGGCCUGAUGGAGGGCCCCGACACUGGAGACUUCCUCUACAUGGACGGGGCCCCUGUGAAUUACACCAACUGGUACCCAGGGGAGCCCAGGGGGUGGGGCAAGGAGAAGUGUGUGGAGAUGUACACGGAUGGGCAGUGGAAUGACAAAAACUGCCUUCAGUACCGGCUGGCCAUCUGUGAGUUCUGAGCAGGCCCCAGCCCCCAGAUAGAUAGGGCCCUGCUUGCCAUCCAGCCUCCAGCCGGAGGAUGCGUCUCAUCUCUGAGAUGCUACAGCUCCUUCCCUGCAAAAUGUAUUCGCGGCUCUUAGAGAGGGAGGCAUUCUUAGCCACUCCGCUCCCUGGGCAGGCCCUGAAUCCUCACCCCCAUCAUGAACCAGGAAUCAGUCUGACAUGUCCCCCCACUCCAGCCCCCUCUCAGCCCUGCCCUCCAGGCACCACUGCUAACUUUGCCCUUGGACAAGAGUCGGAGACUUCCUUCUUCCUCCUCUUGUCGGGUUUCUUUGUUGCUAGAUGGCAACAGUGAGGUCCUGGGUUGGAAGUUCCCUCCAAAAUCACAUACAAGGUGCCUGCUUCCUGGCCCCUGUCCUCUCACUCUGCAGACCACCCACUGCCCAGCCUCAUCCAGAUUCGGCAGUUCUGGUCAAGCACAAUGAUAGAAGGGGGGGGACCUCUGGGGAAUUCCACCUGUGUGGAGCUAAGGACGCAUUUGGGGUGAUCUGGCAGCCUGGAGCCUCUGACGGCACACCCGGUGGGUGUCUCCGAGAGGUCAGAGGGCUGGGUGGUGCCUCGGCGUGCUGGAGGUCAACCUAACCCUAAUAAUUGCCGUGAGUCUUGGGUUGCCUCUCAACGCCCUGACAGAAAAGCAGCCAGUCUACACCCCUAGGGAAGAUCUCACCCCCGACCCCAGAUAUAAUCCAAGUAACUUCUGGCUGAUGGACAUGUCCCCACCCCAUUUUGGAUCUCAUUGUGAUGUUCACACCCCUCACCACACCACUGGCUGUUGAUUGAGCAUAUAAAUAGCAUAUGUGCCAAGUCUAUGUGCCCAGAACCUUGCCAAGCACUUCUAAUACAUCUUACGGAAUAUGAUUCAAUCUUUACACCAUGCCAUGGGCCCAGCCUGAUUUCCCCCCAUUUUUCUAUGAGGACACAAACUUAGAGAAGUUAAAUGUUUUGAACUGUAUUGCUUGG